AUGAUCAACUUGAACCCAGCACCUCACCCAGCCAAAUUCUCUACUUGCUUCAAAGCUGGUCGUGAGUGCACUUGGAUCGUAUUUGAAUCCUCGAUCCGCCCACUUCACGACUCCUGUGAUCAGUGCGCUCGUCGCCAGGUCUGUUGUGACUGGCCUACUCCGCCACCAACCAACGCCAACGGCAACAUUCUUGUUAAUGUCGUCGAAGGUAACCCUUACAUACCGGGUUGCCCAAACGAAACCGAUAAGGCUCGUCGCAUUCGAGUUGGGUCUUGGGAUUCCAAACCUGACAAGCCUCGUAACAUCAAGUUACAAGAGAAGUGGCACCAGGACCUGUUCAUUUGGAACAACCGAGGUAACACUCCCAUCCAACCUAAUGUUCCGCCACCCAAACCAGCCUCAACUUCCAAACCUCGAGCUCCACCCCCUCCACCUAAGACUCCUAAAACCCCUAACAACCCGCCACGCACCACCCGCGAAGCCUCUGUCCCCGCCAUCGAGAUCUUAGACACCCCGACUCCGGACAAUCCCCCUGACCAACCAGUUCCUAACCAACCUACUAAGCCUGCUACUGUAGAGACCCCUGUUGUUAAUGAUCCUGUUAUUAAUAUGUCUUUAGAUGAUGUUAUAGCAGCUUUUGUUAAAAGAUUUGGUAAAGACUCUGAUACUAGUUGGUUUGUUGAAAAGGUGGAUGAGGUUGAAGAAUUAAGAAGAGUUGGUACUGCUAAACCCAAAGUUCCUAAUUUUGAUUCUACUAUCCGUCUCACUAAAUCAAUGAUGGAUGCUUUGUAUGCUCAUUGGGCUGAACAUGACCCUUACUCUGAUGCUGAAAGUUCUGCUCGUGUGAAUGUUGUUAGAAAUUUUAAAAGACUUGUAGCCGAACAUUUCCUUCCUUCUUCUACUACUACUCCUUCUAACUCCUCCGACAAAGGCAAAAAACGUGCCUUCAACCAAGAUUGA